AUGUCUCAAAACACGCACCAAAAUGUAGAGCUUUUUUCCAAAACAACACGUGGUAGAAAAUCUAGAACUAUUUCCAAGGUGUUAGAUUUUACGGGACGUGAUCCGGUUAUGGUGGUGAAUGAUUUACAAAAUGCAACUACCAACUACAAAGAAGAGGUCAAUAUUGUUAAUAAUGGUACUAAAAGAGAAGAGUUCAGACAUAUGUCGGCAAAACAAUUAAGAUAUUAUGCCGAAUUAUUUGCAACAAAAGUACAUGAAAUGAAUCAUGUUGACUAA